AGGAAUGAACUCCGUUAUUUGUGGUAAAAUUCUAAUGAUGAGACCAGCUCGUGAUCAACAUUGAUAGAAGAAAGAAACUUUAGUAGACGAAAUCAAAAAAAAGCAUUUACCAAGUUUCUGUCUUUUGGACUCCCACCAAUCCACUAACCUUCAAGGCUGGGUGGUGCCCCUUAAAUUCUUUUAAUUUCUUCAUUUUUGAUCGAUCUUUUGAGGUUUUAAGGGGAUCCCGAUCCAGUCUUUUGUUUCUUUCCUUCAAAUUCCUUUCUUUUUUUCUUUUUUGCCCGGGAAGAAGAUUCUCAUUCCAUAGAUGUGGGGAGGCGCAGCUGAGCCAGCAGAUUCUUACUACCAGGUUCGUCCUGAGUGCACCGAUGUGCCCAAGACCAGAUUUAAAAUCAAGCCUGGUAAAACUUUAAGUGUAAGAAAAUGGCAGGCUGCGUUUGUCCAAGAAGGGUCUCUCGAUAUUGGCAAGACUCUAAGACGAAUCAGAAGAGGGGGAAUCCAUCCAUCAAUUAGGGGUGAAGUAUGGGAAUUCCUACUUGGCUGUUAUGAUCCAAUGAGCACAUUCGAAGAAAGAGAGCAAACCCGACAACGCAGAAGAUUGCAAUAUGCUUCUUGGAAGGAGGAAUGUAAGCAAAUAUUUCCCGUCAUUGGAAGUGGAAGAUUUAUUACUGCACCUGUAAUUACUGAAAAUGGUCAACCCAACUAUGAUCCUCUUGUACUUCAGGAAAUAAAUUUAGGUACAAACUCAAAUGGUUCAGAUUUCCUUAAAGAGCUCACAAAUCGUGGACCUCUCGAUAAAAAAGUAAUUCAAUGGCUGCUAACUCUUCACCAGAUAGGUCUUGAUGUGAACCGUACUGACAGGACCUUGGUAUUUUAUGAGAAAAAGGAGAAUUUGUCAAAGCUCUGGGAUAUUCUGUCUGUUUACGCCUGGAUAGACAACGAUGUGGGGUACUGUCAAGGAAUGAGUGAUCUUUGUUCCCCAAUGAUUAUUCUUCUUGAAGACGAAGCUGAUGCCUUUUGGUGUUUUGAGCGGCUUAUGCGUCGAUUGCGAGGAAAUUUCCGUAGCACUGGGAGAUCUGUUGGAGUUGAAGCUCAACUUACUCAUUUGUCUACAAUUACUCAGAUUGUUGACCCCAAACUUCACCAACAUCUAGAUAAGCUGGGUGGAGGUGACUAUCUCUUUGCGAUUCGGAUGCUGAUGGUUCAAUUCCGAAGAGAAUUCUCAUUUUGCGACUCUCUGUACCUUUGGGAGAUGAUGUGGGCCCUCGAGUACGACCCUGAUCUUUUUGAUGUAUAUGAAGCGCAUCAAUGCGGGAGUGAGAAAACUGAAGGGUUGAAAGGUAAAACGAAGUCAAUUAAGCAAUGUGGUAAAUAUGAGAGACAAAACAUGAGGAAUGGAGGAAAAACUGCAGAAGGUCCUUUGCCUAUAUCGGUAUUCCUAGUGGCCAGCGUCUUGAAAGACAAGAGUUCUAAGCUAAUGACAGAAGCUCGUGGACUCGACGAUGUUGUUAAGAUACUUAACGACAUGACUGGGAAUUUGGAUGCCAAGAAAACAUGUUCUGGAGCCAUAAAGAUUCACAAGAAAUAUCUAAGAAAGGCUAAGAAAUAGCAUUGGCGAACUAUCAUGAUUCUGCGGGUAUACACCUUGCAGAGUCAUGUGAAGCUUUUCGUUUAUUUGAUUUGCUAUCUAUGCAGUUUGAUACAAAAAGAUCUGGCGGGAAAUCGACUAUCAGAUUUUGAAGAUCUUCUUGUAUUUGUAAGCUGGAAGAACCUCGGAGCCUUGAAAUACUCUUAACACACACACACACACAUCAAAAAGCAAAGAAACAUAAUUUGUAACAUGUUCAUAAAAGUAAAUGUUGCAUCCCCCAAUAUAUGUAUACAAUUUUUUUUCUUUUGUAUUUACCAAAGGACAAAAAAGAACGAAUGAGAAUGUUCCUAUAUUUCCAAGCCCA